GCCCAGCCAGUCUAGAGACCUCUCCAGACCUGAGGAGAAGGCAAAGAUCCAGUCUGAGGACCUAUGGAGCCUGUAUCCCGUGCUGACGUUAUGGAACCUGCCAUAGUGGUUGAGACAGUACCUUAUGCUCAGACUGGAGUUUCAUCUUUUAUUGGCAGCGUGUGACAUUAGGUUGUGUUCACAUUAAUUCACCUGACUCCAAUGUGAUAAACGGAGAGCGCCAGCGCUACAAGGAUGGCUCGGAGACGUUCUGCUAUCUCCUAUCACGAAGAGAGUGGACUCAGCUUGUUAACAGUCAAAGUUGUUCGGGCCCAACAUAUCCCAUGGGCUGACUUGAUGAGCCAUGCUGACUGCUAUGUGUGUCUGUGGUUACCAACCUCUACUAAUAAAAUCUUGAAGACGAGGACCGUAUCAGACACCAGUGACCCUUUAUGGAAUGAGACAUUUCAGUAUACAAUCUGCAACAAUGUGAAGAACGUGUUACAUCUGAUGCUUCAUGAUGAGGACGUCAUCACGGGAAAUGACCUACUGUAUACAGUUUCAUAUGAUGUGGGCAAAAUCCGUAUAGGAGAGACCAAACAGAAAACAUUCUGUCUUAAACCUGAUGGGCCAGAAAUUCUGCAGGUGGAAUUUUCACUGACAGAAUUCCAAGGUUAUUGUGAGAGAUUGAUAACAAAUGGAGUGAUUGUGUCCAGAGAGAUGACCUGCCUGGACAUAUGUGUUGACAAGCAGAGGAUCCCAAUGAACCUACAAGGCAAGCAACUUAUUUUGUCAGUAGAAGAUUCUUGUGAAAAUGAAUGCAGAAUGGAGCUGAGUCCCUGCACCGGCACCGAUCACAUGCAAACCUGCCGAUUCCACUACCUCAAAAGAUGGGACCCAAAGUUUACAGCAAUUGUGGAGGGGGCAGACAACCAGAGCAUUCAAGUUAUUCCAGUGAAAUUGCUUCACAUGGGAGAAGAAAAGAAGAUCCUGCUCUCCACUGUGCCAGUUUUUACAAAUUGCUGGGGCAUCCGCUGCUUCCUUCCGCUGCGUUGGAUCCAGCCUAGAGGUUCCUCGGCCAUAUGCAACUCUAAGGCUCGAAGGAUCCCACGUUGGUGGUCACCACUGACCCUCCGUAAAUGUCGAAGACCCACCUGCAGAUACAAGACCAGACCCCUGGAAGUGAAGCUCAAAGCUAAAGACUGCACUGAUAAACUGGAUGUACGAUUGGGAUUCAGCCUUUGUGAUGAAGAGAAGCUUUAUCUCUCCAAAAGGAGGAAAGUUGUGGCGGAGACACUGAAGAGAGUCCUGAAGCUUGACCGGGAUUUAGAGGACCACGAGAUUCCAGUGAUUGCCGUCACAACCACCGGAGGUGGCGUCAGAGCAAUGACAUCUCUCUAUGGCACCUUGGCCGGACUGAAGAAGCUGGGUCUCUUGGACUGCGUGACCUACAUCACUGGAGCUUCAGGGUCUACAUGGUCAAUGAGUAAAUUAUAUGAAGAUCCCAACUGGUCGCACAAGGAUCUUUGUGGACCCAUAGAGGACGCUUGCAGGCAGUUGACCAAGAGCAAGGGUUCUGCGUUUUCCUUUGAACGUCUCGCGUUCUAUCGGGAUGAACUGACCGCACGAGCCAGGAUGGGCUACAGGACAUCGUUCACAGACCUCUGGGGCCUGGUCAUCGAAUCCAUGUUCUCUGAUGGUUUAAAUGGGGCAACACUGUCGGAGCAGAGGAAAGCAUUGGCCCAUGGGCAGAACCCGCUCCCUCUGUGCCUGGCAAUGAAUGUGAAGUCGAGCGAGUGCUCCACGCUGGAUUAUAAAGAGUGGUGCGAGUUCUCCCCUUAUGAAGUGGGGCUACUUAAAUAUGGAGCCUUUAUCCGCGCAGAAGACUUUGGCAGUGAAUUUUUCAUGGGACGGCUGACUAAGGCACUUCCGGAGUCUAGGAUCUGUUACCUUCAAGCAUUAUGGAGUAACAUCUUUUCUGUAAACCUGAUGGACGCCUGGUUUGCAGCCAAAAGCUCUGAAAAUUUCUGGCACAAAUUCACCAGGGACAAUGUCUUUGAGCUGGAAGAAGAAGAAGCUUUGCGGAAGAGGAGAGCAUUAUCGGGUUUGCCUACACGUGUUACCCAGCCGGCAAGUGAAUUCAGCCGUACCAUGCGGGAAAUUUUAACUAAUCGUCCCCUUGAUGGAGAGCAUCACAAUUUCCUCCGAGGACUGCAGAUGCAUAAAGGAUAUUGUACACAUCAUGGAUUCUGUGGGUUUGAUGAUACAGAACUGGAUAACUCUCCUAACAAGCUGACACCAUUUGAUGAAGAUCUCUGCCUUGUAGACAGCGCAUACUAUAUUAACGCCAGCUUUCCUCCGCUGCUCCGAGCCGAACGCAAGGUGGACGUUCUCCUGUCAUUUGACUACGGAUUAACAGAAAAGUUUAUGUCUGUGGAACGAACCCAGGAUUACUGUAAAGUUCAUAAUCUCCACUUUCCUAAAAUAGAAGUGUCUGAAGAGGAGAAGGCAAAUCCUAGGGAAUGUUACCUCUUCCCAAAUUGUGAUGACCCCCGGUGUCCCACUGUUCUGCAUUUCCCUCUAGUGAAUGACACAUUUAGACAGUUCAAACAUCCAGGAGUUGAACGGUUAACAGAUCAAGAAAAAGAAGAGGGGAUAGUGGAUCUGGGUGAAAAGACGCCUUACAAGUUGCUUAACCUGACUUACAGUAAGGAAGACUUUGACAAACUGAUCAAUCUUACAGAAUAUAACGUGGAGAAUAAUGAGAAGAUGAUCCUACAAGUGUUGAGGGAGGCCAUUGAAUGCAAGAAGAAUCAUAAGCCGAGAAAUGACAUCAGCGUUUGAGAAAUGUAGGAGACGCAAAGUAUCUUUAAGUAUCACCGCCCUAGUAGGUAAAAUCUCCUUACGUGCCAAUAUGGUCUGGUUUUUUCGGACCAGUGAAGUUUUACCAGAUUAAUUCUUCACGUUCUAGGAAACAUCUAUUAAUGUCCACGUAUGGCCUUCCCGGACUGACCUCAUGAUGGGUCUUCUGAUAUUAAGACUUGUCCUAAGUUAAGUUAUAUUUAUUUUUUGACUAUAUAUAAAAUUAUUUGUUAAACCUGGUUCUAUCUUGAUGCUGCCGGCAGAUGAUCAUAACCACACGGCUGUAGUACAACGUCCGCUCGGUCAGUACUGGGAUGGUAGACAUGAAGGGGCAUAUAUGUAUUGGGGAAAAUGAGGAAUGACGUAUUUUUCAGAAAAUGUCUCCGUCCCGUAGCAAUGUGUAUCAAUUAUUUAUUAUAAUAGAUCAAUAGACAUUUUCAUACACAGCCAAAUCGGUACUGAAGGAACUUUCCUAUGGAAAAAAGGUUUAGGACCAAGUUAGUCUCCCUAAGGCUGGGUUCACACGGCAGAAAAUGUGCGGAAUGUCGGGCCGGAAGACUCGGGUGCGGACAUUUCGCACAUUUGAGCAAUCCGGCGGGCGCUAGGACCACUCAGAAAUGCUCCAUCUCAUAGACUGCAAUGCAUUUUUCGAGACGUAUCUGCAGAACGAAUAGACUGGUCUAUGACUUCUGCCGUGGAAAUUCUUCCAUUUGCAGCAGAAUUCCACUACAGCGGAAUGUCUGUGCAGAAGUCGGCACAUAUGGUCUUUUUCGGAAAUUUGGUCCAGUGAGUUAAAAAGCCACCCAUGAAAAAAAGGAGUAAAAAAACACAUACCACAGCCAUUAUUCAUAGAUACCCCCCCCAGCAUCCUUAUAAUAUACACCUCCACACUGUGUGCAAGAGCCGCGUCUACCUCCAUUGCUUCUAUACACUAUGUUGGCCACUGGGUAGCGCUGACAUUGAAAGGAGGUGGUGUUUGCAGUUCCUCUACUCCUGCGUUUCCCAACCAGGGUGCCUCCAGC